GAGGAGACGCCGGGUUUGGAUGCAGAGACUCAGCCUCGGAGUGGGUGACAUUAUUAUAUGCUGCAUUCAGUGCACGGUACAGAGGGGGAGCAGGCUGGGAGGUGGCAGCGGGACAUUGGGGGGAUCAGGAGGGUGUAAGGCUGCAGGAGAGGGAGCUAGAGAGUGAGACGAGAGAGAAGGGACCUACCUGCAGUAGAUGCCUGGUGGAUGCUGGGGGUGAUGGUGGAACUUGGCUGCUGGGGUUGGUGAUAGAGGUGACAGCACGUUAUAUACAGCAAUAGCUCUCCAUAUGGGAAGUGUAUAUAGAAUAUAUGGGAGAGGUCCUUUAGGAACUCUUCUGUAGGGAGUGUGUGGACCUUGGUGUAUAGGGGCAUAGCUGUGACCAGAUACAUUGCUGUGUUAUUACCUGUGCAGUGAUAUAUAGGGACAUCGGUGUGUUAUUACCUGUGCAGUGAUAUAUAGGAACAUCGGUGUGUGUUAUUACCUGUGCAGUGAUAUAUAGGGACAUUGGUGUGUUAUUACCUGUGCAGUGAUAUAUAGGGACAUCGGUGUGUGUUAUUGCCUGUGCAGUGAUAUAUAGGGACAUCGGUGUGUGUUAUUACAUGUGCAGUGAUAUAUAGGGACAUCGGUGUGUGUUAUUACCUGUGCAGUGAUAUAUAGGGACAUCGGUGUGUGUUAUUACCUGUGCAGUGAUAUAUAGGGACAUCGGUGUGUUAUUACCUGUGCAGUGAUAUAUAGGGACAUUGGUGUGUUAUUACCUGUGCAGUGAUAUAUAGGGACAUUGGUGUGUUAUUACCUGUGAAGUGAUAUAUAGGGACAUUGGUGUGUUAUUACCUGUGCAGUGAUAUAUAGGGACAUUGGUGUGUUAUUACCUGUGCAGUGAUAUAUAGGGACAUUGGUGUGUGUUAUUAUCUGUGCAGUGAUAUAUAGGGACAUCGGUGUGGGUUAUUACCUGUGCAGUGAUAUAUAGGGACAUUGGUGUGUGUUAUUACCUGUGAAGUGAUAUAUAGGGACAUUGGUGUGUUAUUACCUGUGCAGUGAUAUAUAGGGACAUUGGUGUGUUAUUACCUGUGCAGUGAUAUAUAGGGACAUUGGUGUGUGUUAUUACCUUUGCAGUGAUAUAUAGGGACAUUGGUGUGUGUUAUUACCUGUGCAGUGAUAUAUAGGGACACCGGCGUGUGUUAUUAUCUAUGCAGUGAUAUAUAGGGACACCGGUGUGUGUUAUUAUCUAUGCAGUGAUAUAUAAGGACACUGGUGUGUAUAAUGCUGUUACUUGUACAGUGAUAUAUAGAGACAUCACUGGGUACUGUACUCCGGUCUGUACAGUGUUUGCAGAGAGCAGGUGGUUUGGCUGCAGUUCCACAUGUGUUAGUGCCAUAUUGGUAUAGGGUUCCCAGCAGCCCUGACGCUGAUCCCUGCCGUGCGGACUAGAGGAGAGCCCAGGAGUGCAGCAGAUAUAGGGGCAUAACCUAUAGGAGAGCCCAGGAGUGCAGGGCAUAUAGGGACACCAUCUAUAGGAGAGCAGAAGAGUGCAGGGCAUAUAGGGACACCAUCUGUAGGAGAGCCCAGGAGUGCAGCAGAUAUAGGGCAUAAUCUAAAGUAGAGCCUUGGAGUGUAGAGCAUAUAGGGACAUUAUCUAUAGGAGAGCCCAAGAGUACAGGAUCUAUAGGGACACAAUCUAUAAGAGAUACCAGGAGCGCAGGACACAAUCUAUAGGAGAUCCUAGCAGUGCAGGACAUAUGGGGCAUAGUCUACAGGAGAGCCCAGGAGUGCAGGACAUAUAGGAACAUAAUCUAUAGGAGAUCCUAGCACAUACUGUAUAGAGAUACCAUCUAUAGGAGAGCCCAGGACAUAUAGGGUUCAGCAUUGUGUAUGGUGGGUGUUAGUGGUGGGAAGGCUGACAUUUCAGGCUUCUGUGCAUCUAUAGCACUGGGGGACUGAGUCGGAGACUCUGGGGGGCUCAGUGACAUUCAAGGAUCUAAGGACUCUGGACCCCAGGACGCUUUACACGGAGCACCUGGUAAUUCCUGGCCGGGCUCCCAUCCGGCUCCCUCCAGGGCGAUGGGUUUCACAUGACAGAGAGAGGCGGUUACAGAACGACUGCGAUGGAGAAGGCCGCUUUGGGGACAUUACCGUUACACCGACAGCCUCUUUUCCACCGGUUUCACUUUAGAAAUGAGGCGGCAGCCCUCCUCACUCCAUAGUAGGGCCAGCAGUUACCAGCUUCCAGAGUGCCUGCCUGACCUUCAUGUCCCAUGCUCUCCUCAUCCUUCCUCUACACCGAGACACCACACGGGAGAAGGAUGAAUCACUACAUCCGCUGCCUCCUGUUGCUCAGCUUCGCCCUGGACUCUUCAUCUUAUGGACCCAACACCAGAGCCCAGAAGAAGGGAGACAUCAUCCUCGGUGGCCUCUUCCCUAUUCAUUUUGGAGUGAAUUCUAAAGAUGAGAUAUUAGAGUCAAGGCCGGAAUCUCUGGAAUGCACCAGAUACAAUUUCCGUGGCUUCCGCUGGCUACAGGCUAUGAUCUUCGCCAUAGAAGAAAUCAACAACUCCACCACUCUGCUGCCCAACAUAACACUGGGCUACAGAAUCUUCGACACGUGUAACACGGUAUCCAAGGCUCUAGAGGCCACCCUCAGCUUCGUGGCUCAGAACAAGAUCGACUCGCUCAACUUGGAUGACUUCUGUAAUUGUUCGGAGCACAUGCCGUCCACCAUCGCGGUGGUGGGAGCAACUGGUUCUGGAAUAUCCACCGCCGUGGCCAAUCUGCUCGGGCUUUUCCAUAUACCUCAGGUCAGUUACGCCUCCUCAAGCCGCCUUCUAAGCAACAAAAACCAAUACAAAUCCUUUUUACGCACUAUGCCGAAUGAUGAGCAUCAAGCCACGGCCAUGGCGGACAUCAUUGAGUAUUUCCAGUGGAACUGGGUGGGAACCAUUGCUGCAGAUGAUGACUACGGGCGGCCAGGGAUUGAAAAGUUUCGGGAGGAAGCGGAGGAGCGGGACAUCUGCAUAGACUUCAGUGAGCUCAUAUCACAGUAUACGCCAUUAGAGGAAAUUCAAAAAGUGGUCGACGUCAUUCAGAACUCAACGGCCAAAGUCAUAGUUGUCUUCUCCAGUGGACCUGACCUGGAGCCACUGAUCAAGGAGAUUGUCAGGCGCAAUAUCACAGGGCGCAUCUGGCUUGCCAGCGAGGCCUGGGCCAGCUCGUCUUUGAUCGCCAUCCCGGAAUACUUCCAUGUCAUUGGUGGCACCAUUGGGUUUGCGUUGAGGGCGGCCCAAAUCCCCGGAUUUCGUGAAUUCCUACACAAGGUGCACCCAAAGAUGUCUAGUAGCAAUGGCUUUCUCAAAGAGUUCUGGGAAGAGACCUUCAACUGUUACAUGCCCGGGGGGUCUAAGAAGAGCGAGGACUUCAACAACAUCACAGCUUGCACCGGCCAGGAGAAUAUUACCAGCGUGGAGACGCCGUAUCUGGAUUUUACUCACUUGCGGAUAUCCUACAAUGUAUAUUUGGCUGUAUAUUCCAUUGCCCAUGCACUGCAGAACAUAUACACAUGUACGCCCGGGAAAGGGCUCUUUGCCAACGGUUCUUGCGCAGAUAUAAAGAAGGUGGAAGCCUGGCAGGUCCUGAAAUAUCUGCGGCACCUCAACUUCACCAACAACAUGGGGGAACAUGUGGACUUCAACGACCUUGGCGACCUGGUGGGGAACUACACCAUCAUUAACUGGCAUCUGUCCAACGAGGACGGCUCGGACGAGGUUGUCUUUGAAGACAUCGGCCACUACAAUGUGUACGCCAAGAAAGGGGAUCAGCUGCUGAUCAACGAGAGCAAGAUCCUGUGGAGUGGGUUCUCCCGAGAGGUUCCUUUCUCCAACUGCAGCAGGAUCUGCCAGGAAGGCACCAGAAAGGGGAUUAUAGAGGGAGAACCCACCUGCUGCUUUAUGUGUGAGGACUGCCCAGAGGGAGAGUACUCAGACGAGACAGAUGCAAGUGCCUGCGAGAAAUGUGCGACGGAUUACUGGUCCAACGAGAACCACACAUCCUGCAUCGCCAAAGAGAUUGAGUUCCUCUCCUGGACAGAACCCUUCGGGAUAGCCCUCACAAUGUUUGCCAUCUUGGGAAUAUGCCUUACCUCCUUUGUGCUAAGCGUUUUCAUAAAAUUCCGCAACACGCCCAUUGUCAAGGCAACCAAUCGGGAGCUCUCGUAUCUACUCCUCUUCUCCCUGUUGUGUUGCUUCACUAGUUCCUUGUUUUUCAUUGGAGAACCCGAAGACUGGACAUGCCGGUUGCGGCAGCCGGCUUUUGGCAUCAGCUUCGUGCUGUGUAUUUCCUGCAUUUUGGUGAAGACCAAUCGCAUUCUUCUUGUGUUUGAAGCCAAGAUCCCCACCAGCUUCCACAGAAAGUGGUGGGGGGUGAACCUGCAGUUUCUCCUUGUGUUCCUGUGCACCUUUGUGCAGAUUGUGACCUGUAUAAUUUGGCUUUACACAGCACCCCCCAAGAGUGCUAAAAAUCACGAAGAUGAGAUCAUUUUUGUUAUAUGUAAUGAGGGAUCAUUGAUGGCUCUGGGGUUCCUUAUUGGCUACACAUGUCUGCUGGCAGCCGUCUGCUUCUUCUUUGCUUUCAAGGCCCGGAAACUGCCCGAAAAUUUCAAUGAAGCCAAAUUUAUCACUUUCAGCAUGCUCAUAUUCUUCAUUGUUUGGAUAUCCUUCAUUCCGGCUUAUGUGAGCACCUACGGAAAGUACGUGUCGGCCGUUGAGGUCAUUGCUAUCUUAGCCUCCAGUUUUGGCUUGCUGGCUUGCAUCUUUUUCAACAAGGUCUACAUCAUCUUAUUCAAACCAUCCAGGAACACCAUAGAAGAGGUCCGCUGCAGCACCGUAGCUCACGCAUUUAAGGUUGCAGCUAGGGCCACUCUGAGACGUAGCAAUGUUUCCCACAAAAGGUCCAAUAGCUUGGGCGGGUCAACGGGUUCCACUCCAUCAUCUUCAAUCAGCAGCAAGAGCAACCAUGAUGAACACUUCUCUGUAGCAGAUCGAGCCAGAGCCUGCAAACAGAAGGUGAGCUUUGGCAGUGGCACAGUCACCAUGUCUCUGAGCUUUGAGGAACCCUCAAAGAAUUCGGUGUCCAACAAAGGCACGAAAUCCAAGAACUUGCUGGAGGGAAAGAACAGUGACGACAGUUUGAUGAGGCACAGGGCUUUGCUCCGACACCAAAACAGUGAUGGAGGUAGCGAGUCAAGCUUCAGAACAGCCUCCAACAUUGAUGAGUCACAGUCGCAGGAGUAUGUCAGUCAAGUCAUCCCAGAUAACCAAAGUAUCGAAGUUCCUUCAACUCAGAUGGAGACUCUGAAGAACGACAUUGAUGGAGUUAUCACAGAUAACAUGAUUAAGUCUUAAUAACGCUGUUAGGUCUUCAUUGUUUGCAUCGUCGGUGAAAUUAAUAUACCACAGUAUAUUGUGUGAGACCUGAGUAUGGUCAGACAGGAACAAAGACUUCCUUCUUCUGGAAUACGAAGGACAGUUCUUGAAAGGAUUGGUGGAUCCUUCGAAGGGACAUGCACCAACAUUAUUGGAGAUUUCUCUCUCCGCCUUGUGUAUUAAUGUUAAAUGAAUGAGGGAACAUUUAGUAUUACAUACAUUGUCGUUUGUUUUGGUUAAACCCACACAUACUGUACUCCCUGCUCCAGAGAUUUCCUGUUCAAUGUCAAAUAUAUCCAGAAAACCUGUUUAAGCAAUGGAUCCAUUAUAGGUGAAAUAUUGCCCUGUGAUAAAUGUUGAAUAUGUAUGUAUGUGUGCGUGUGUGUUGUGUAUGUGUGCGUGUGUGUGUGUCUGUAUGUUUAGACCUGUGAAUUACUGCUACGUUAUAUACAAUUCCUGUGCUGUGAAGUGCGGAGAAGGAGUAGGUGUUCCGCCACUGGGCGAUGCUGGUCUGUCUGCACUGAUGAUAUUGGAAAAUUAUAAAUAAAAUGUA